AUGACAUCUGCGACUUUCAAGCUGAAAAGCCUCUCUGAACAUGUCAAAAAUGACUUCAUCAGAGAAGCUGGAGAGAGGUUACAUGCCCGAAUGUCCAGAGAGGCAGAAGAGAGAGCUCGUAGAGAAGCUGAGGAAAAGGCUCGAUUAGAAGAAGAAGAGAAAGUAAGAAGAGAAGCUGCAGAAAAGGCCACCGUUGCUGCUGAAGCUGAAGCCAAAGCCAAGGCUGACGCUGAAGAAGUAGUACGCAUUGCUGCAGAAGAAGCUGCCAAGGCUAAGGACACUGCUCUGACUCAGGGGGAGUCAUCUCACUUUGAUUUUGCUCCACUUGUGUUGAAAACUCUAGAGGAGCUACAAAAAGAGCAACAGAUUGUGAGAGCCAGACUGGAUCAACUGGACUCUAUCUUCUCCAACAUUCAGAAUCGGCUGACUCAGUUGCUGCAGAGGAUACCGCCUCCUUCAAACCCUUAG